AUGGGCAGAGUGAAGCGGUGUCGCAUUCAUGACUUGCUUUAUGAUUUUUGUUUGAAGAAAGCCAAAGCAGGACAGUUUUUCCAUGUCCUUGAAGGAGGAUAUGGGUUUGGUUGUCCAAGUGUGAUAGGACAGCUUGUUUGGUUGGCGUACCCUGCAAUUAGAGGAGAUGUGAGGGAGAUCCCGGCAUCCAUAGGUAACCUCUCUAAUUUGGAAACACUCAUGAUAAGAACUACUGAAUCUUAUUCUGAUCCCCCACCAAUACCAGAGGGUUUCUGGAAUCUGAGAAAAUUAAAGCAUUUUUGUUAUUUUCUCGAGGAUUCUGUUAACAACUUCUUGUGGGGUGCUAGAUUGCCAAAUGAAAAUCUUGUUAACUUAUCUGAUUUAGAUGAGUUGGAGAGGAUUUCUGGCGCGGGGUUUUAUUAUAGUGGCGAGGAAAGAGUAGUGAAGAAGUCUCCAAAUCUCCUUGAGCUGGAAUUUGUACAUUUCGGAAUGAUGGGUGCGGACAACCUCGAAUUUCUCAAAUUGAAAGAUGUAGAAUUUAAGGGAGACUUAUGGAGGAUGGAAGAAGAUCACUUCUGCAAAUUUAGAAUCUUGAAGUUGGAUUCCUCUUUGCUUCGAUGGUGGAAUGGUUGUGAUGAUCAAUUCGGGUGCCUUGAGAAGUUGGUACUUUCUAACUGCUGCCAUUUGGAAGAGAUGCCUUCUUGUUUGGAAAACAUUCGACACUUCAACACUUCAACUGAUCAAGGCCACAUAUUGUUCUGCGGCGACAACAAUGUUGGUGAAGAAGAUUGA